UUGUUAUUUGUCGUUCAUUCGCUCACCAUCCAGUUGAACUGGCGACAGAAGGCGACCAAGUCAUCCGUCUAUCAUUAUCAUCACUACUGGGAGACCAGGCUAGUGCCAAUGAAACAAAGAUAUUAGUAGCUGCCAUAAACCGGCCAUCUUUACUCUCAUUUAUACACAUCUCAUUUUGUUACCUUUCUGUGUCUUGAUCUCUCCAUCUCUUAAGCCCAGUUCAAAAUACCCCUAGUUUUAGCUCCAAUGCCUUCCACGUUGGCAACAUGGGCGCUGGCCGCCUUCACAGCUUUACAGCUCACUUCCAUGACAGCUGCGCAGGGAAGCAGCUCAUCCAUCACAUCUGCAUCUACAAUCACAAGCACAGCUGCAGCCCCAACGUUAACAGCACCGUCAAACACAUCACAGAAGCAGUCCGUCUUCGUCUCACCUGACCAGGAACUCGCAUUUGGUGUCACCAUUCCAGAUGACCCAGCUAGCGAUGACAUCUAUUUCACGUUGGCAGGCCAACCUUCCCUCGGCUGGACUGCUGUCGGUCUAGGAGCCGACAGCAUGGCGGGCAAUGCCUUGGUUCUGAUGGUGUACGCCUCGGCCUCCAACAAGAACGUCACAUUCUCGCCCCGUCUGACGUCCUACGGCGGCUCGGAGCCGACACCCUACCGGGAUCUCCGCUUCGAUGUCCUACCAGGCACGGGCUACUACAACGGCACCCUCAUGUUCAGGGCCCGGUGCUUCAACUGCCGCCGUUGGCCCGGCGGGUCCAUCGACGUCAACUCAACAGCACAGCGAUGCAUCUGGGCCGCAGGGCCGAGCUACGAGGUUAAAAGCGACGAUGUGGCUGCUCCUCUCAAGUUCCACCGCAGCUACGGGUCCUUCUCAAUCAACCUUAAGGCUGCGCAAGGUCCCGGUCAGGCGCCGACGCUCAACUUCCAAACCGCAAAGAAGAGCGAGGGGGCUGCCCUGACCGGCGAGCCCAGGAGCGGGAAGCGCGACUGGUCUGCGCUGUUUCAUGGCAUCAUCAUGCUCUUUUGCUUCGUCGGCCUGCUUCCGUUUGGUUUAAUUGUCCUUCGGGUUGGUAACUGGCCUAGGUGGCAUGCAGUCAACCAGAGUAUUGCUUUGGUUGGUAUCAUAACGGGUUUUGGACUUGGAGUGAACACAAGCUUCAAGUACAACCGGUCCCGCAACUUCAACAACCCCCACCAGGUGAUCGGGAUCCUUGUAUUUAUCUUCAUGCUCUCCCAGUUCGUUCUGGGAUAUCUGCAUCAUAGAAUGUACAAGCAGAAUGAGGGCAAAGGUUCCCCAUUGGCACCCUUCCACAUCUGGCUGGGCAGGACGGUCAUGAUAAUGGGAGUCAUCAACGGAUUCUUGGGCUUUCCUUUCGCCCUUUCCUACAGAUAUAACUACAUUCUUCUCGGUCUGGUCCUCGCCAUCGCGCCGCUGGUCAUCUUGCUGCUCCUCUACAAGCCCUUGAUCCGCCCGAGGCUGUGGGGCCGCAAGGAGGAGCAACCAACCGAAGAGGCCCUGCCCCCGUAUACGGCAGAGCCGUGGAGGCAGCAGGUCCCCGCGACGGGACACACCGCCACGGCAGUGGCGGCCCAAGCCCCCGAGACCCGCGGAAUCGGUCUCUCGGACAUGGGUGCAUGGGCUAGCAGAGGGGGCAGAGAUAGACCUGGCCAGGCGCCCGGCGGCAACUGGGGGCAGCCGCAGAAUCCCAGGGAGAUGAUUUGAAAGUCGAGACCGGGAUACCAGCCAAGUAGGCAAGGAAUUGUGAUACUAUUGUUGUACCAUAACAAAAAGGGCCUGGAAUUCCCGGAAGCCCCAAAAAAAGUCAUUUUGUUAAAGUAUGCUUGGCCUUCAAUCGUUCUGGGUUGC